CGGACGUACUGGCGGAGUGCCAGCGGCAGUGGAAGGUGAAGCUGACUGGAUGGGCCACAGGAGGGGACUGCGCUGCAGUGUAUGGCGUGGAGUGCAACGCUGUUGGCAUGGUCGUUCACGCGCACGUCUUCGACCAGCCUCUGAACGGCCCCUUACCAGAUACCAUUGGCAACCUCACCGCCCUCACAUAUCUCCGUCUCGCAAACGAUAGCCUCACUGGCUCCAUUCCAGAGUCCUUCUCUCGCCUAGUCCUCUUGGAGCGCCUGGAUCUGAGCUACAACCAUAAAAUUACAGGGUCUAUCCCCCAGGUUCUUUCAAGCCUCAUCAAUCUCAAUACAUU